UCUGGGUGAUCAGCGUGUGAUCCUGAGGGACGGGGACGAGGUCGCCAUCAUCCCCCCUCUCAGCGGAGGAUAACUGAGCUUUAACACCGUGAUGGCUGAGGACGGAGGAGGAGGAGGAGAUGUGAUUAAGCUCAGCUCUGAUAAGCUGUGUGUGGAAGCUGUAUCUGAUGCAGUGAGAUGUUCCUCCUGUGGAGCCGUAUCAUUAUUUAUAGGGACCACCAGGGACAGUUUUGAGGGGAAGAGGGUGGUCCGGCUGGAGUAUGAGGCCUAUGUGCCCAUGGCCGAAUCUGAACUGAAGAAGAUCUGCUCUGAAAUUAGAGUGAAAUGGCCGAAUGUCCGACACAUCUGCAUACACCACAGACUGGGUUUGGUUCCCAUUACAGAAGCCAGUGUUAUAAUCGGGAUCUCAUCACCACACCGCAGCGAUUCACUGGAGGCUGUGAAGUUCUGCAUAGACACUCUAAAAGCUACCGUUCCUAUCUGGAAGAAGGAAGUCUAUGAGUCAGAGGAGCCCUGCUGGAAAGAGAACAAGGAGUGUUUGUGGGGAGGAAAUGGAGGCGGGGCCACACCAAGCUGACCUUUAGACUGUCCAAUCAGCUGCAGCGCUUUUAUCUUAUCUUUUGUCUCAUCCAAGUUUUUAUUGAGAAAAAAAACCAUCAAACACAGAAAUGUAAAGAUAUCAUCAAUGAAAGAAUUACAAUAAAAUAUUUAAUAACA